AUACACGGAAAAGCUAAAUGUUGAGGAGCUACAGGACGUUUUUGCAGUCUACGAGUUUGCCAAUUUGUACAACAUGGACGUCGUCAAGAGGCAAUGCAACAAGCUGUUUAUGGUCAAGAUGAACAAUGACAAUGUUUGGGAUUUGCUAACUUUCAUGGAGAAGCAGCCGCCGGAUGUGGAUUUGGAGCGCUGUUUGAGCUUGUGUCUUUCCACGAGCGACAUUGGUUUUCUGAAUACGCCCAAGUUCCUCGACUGCAGCCUCAAAGUGCUGGAAUUCAUCUUGGGCCAGGAGGAGCUGCCUGUCGCUGAAGUGCAUUUGGCUGAAUCCGUGAUUCGUUGGGCCAAACACAAGGAGCCGGAACUGACUCCGGAAAAGUCGAUAGAGCUUCUUGGCCCGUGCUUGGGGAAAAUCCGCUUUUUGUGCCUGACUCCGGCCGAGUUCACCGAAGUCGUCGCCCUCAGCGGAUUGCUGCUCCAAGAGGACUGUUUCUCCAUUCUGAUCAACAUCAUUUCUUCUGGAAACAAAGCGAUGCCUCUACCAGAUUACAUUUGCAAAUUGGCCACUCCCAGGAUGAGCCUGGAAUAUAUGGAACUUGAGACAGAUUCGUCCACGCCUUCCUCGGAGGAACAGCGAGAAAGUUCAACGUCUCCUCCAAAAAAAGUGGAGCCCAGUGCAGCAGCUGCUGUGGAGACAAAUCCAACAAAAACAAAUGAGGUCGAGAAUAAGAAGGCUCCUUCGACGUCUACGAAGCCUGAUUUUUUGCUUGUUUGCCGUGAUGCUGAUCCCAAUCAUGAACCCAAAAUGUUAUCAAUUAGUAAAGAUCCAGGAGAGAUUAAAGUCAACAUCGAAGUGUCAAAAGCAGUAGGUAUCAAAGGAGUUAGGAUCACGUCCCAAUCGACUCCAGAUAAGUGCGAGCCUGGCAAUUACCAGGAGGCCAUGUUUGUCAGACUGCUGAAAGUCACCGACAAAAAGAAGUCGCAGUGUGCCUAUAUGGCCUACACUCAAAAUGCUCCAAAUGGACAAAACAAACAUUUUGAUGUGAUGUUCAAGAAACCCUUUUGGUUGGAAGCAAGAAAGGUGUACAUAUUGGAGGUGGUUUUGCGCAAGUCAGGAAAUUACAUGCUUUACACUCGACCGAGUUCGGUUUCUGUCGACGAUUGCCACGUCAAGUUUAAGGUGAAUGAAUCUAAAAAAAGCACACAUGGCGCUGACCCAAUUGAAGCCAUAUUUUUCAAAAUCAAGGAGCGCACAUAGACUGAAAAAAAAACUAAAAUUUCGUGUUUGUUUCUCAUCGCUUUUGUUUAACAAAGCAAUUAUUUUUUUCCAUCAUGUCAAAGAGAGGAUGUGAUAAAUUAAGAGGACCGUAUUCUAAAAUUAAUAAUUAGAUCACCCAACUAACUCUUGGCUCGUGUCAUCUGAUUUCAAUGAAAUUUGUUACUUGUGUUGCCCUAUUAGUGAUCCUUUGUUGAAACCUAAAUUUAAGGGCAAAAUCUCCGAAAUCGCCUAUUUUAUAGGGGCUCAAAGUUUGAGUUUUUUUUUCGUGUGAUUAAUGACAGCUGUGAAACUUUUGGUACAAAUUAAAACUUGAAAGGUCUGGGUUUGGAACUCACCUCCAGCCUUCAGAAAGAGCUUUUGAGCCUAAUUUAAACGCUCGCCUUCUGUAGUUCCACCAGAAACCCAAAUCUGAACUCGUUGCCGAUGUAUCUUUUGCGCCAUUUGUUCGUUUUUCAAAUAUUUUACACUAUUUCUGAAAUUUCUGUGAUCGCUGGAAACGUUCAAUAUUAAUGCUCAAAGAAAUACAUGUUUUUGAUUUGUUGUAUGGUAGCAAAUUUGUAACAUUCUUGUCAUGAAGAAAAUGCUGAAUAAAAUUAAAUCGA